GGCAGUGAGGAUGCGGGCGCUGCAGGCAGCACUGGCCCUGGGCCUGCUGCUGAGCAGCCUGCUGCCAGGGGAUGGUCUGUCACUGGAGAGCCUGCUGACCAACAAGAGGUGCAAGUGUGUCAAAGUGACUGCCCAGGUCAUCGGCCUGGGGCUCAUCCUCGCCAUUGAUGUGACGCCACCGAGUAUUCACUGCCGGAGGAAGGAGAUCAUCCUCACCCUGAAGAGGAACAAGAAGGUGUGUGUGGCCCCUGAGGCACCCUGGAUCCAGCUGCUCAUCCACAAGCUGACGCAGAGAGAUGUCACCAAAAAAGAAGUGGCGGCAGUUGCUCGGUCACGGGGAGAAGCGGGGAGACAGCCAACGGCCCCGUAGCAGGACCUGCAUCCCUUCCCCAGCAGCGCCCGUCCCUCCCUCUGUCCAGCCCUGGUUUUGGCUGGGGGCAGGAGCCUUUGUCCUCCAACCUCCCCAAAACCAGGUGGUCUUGUCAGACCCUGGUCUUGCCCUACAUUUUGGUGAUUCUGCUGUCCCCACGCAUGGUGCCCACCCAGGGUUCAAUUAAACUCUGAGUGCUCUGCCCUUGAUUCUCUCCAUGAA